CAUUGUUGUCAUGUGACUCUGUCUGACAGGGAAGCAGUGAGGAGAUACGAGGAGCUGUCCAACAUUUUCUCUGAGAAGGACAACUACUCCCAGAGCAGGGGGCUGCUGAAAGAGGUGAGUCACAGUGAUGGAGAGUUACUGCACACACGUACGCACACACACACAACACGCAAGUACUGUAUGUACAUACACAUGCACACACACGCGCACACACACACACACACACACACACACUCACACUCACACCACACCACACACACACAGAGACACAGACACACAUAUAGUGCACUGACAGACAUCCCAUAAUACAAGCAGUAUGAGAUGAGGACAAGUCUCAUGUGAAGUGUCAUCACAGAUCACACCAAACGUGUUUACUCAUCUGAAAUUCAUACAUUCAAGAGCUGUUGCACUACACAGAUCCAGAUUAAGCUAGGCUAAAAAUCACUUUGAAUCAUGAAUCAUGCCUUUUAACCCAGAGGAAGGCUUAAUCUGGGGGUGUACAGCCUCUCAAUGUCAAUGUCCUGUCAAUCUAAAUUCACCCGUUUCUACACAUGUAUUGUAUUUAGGAUGCAUUGUGAAUUUUCUGACAGGGGGCUGGAAAUUGGUAGGAUUACCAACAUUUUCAUUCACUGUUAUACAUUGUGCAGGCUUCAAUAUCUUACAUUAGCUGCAAUUUCACCAAGGCAUCCACACAGGAAUUCAUCGAAACAUAUGCCUGAGCUUUCAUUUGAAAGCUUCACUCCAGGCUUUGUUGUUGGAAAAAUAUCACACUACCUUCUGCUGUGCUUUGAUAAUUUACCAAGCAAGCUGCUACCUUACCCUCUCAGUUUGUCUGGAAAGGAGGGCCUACUACAUAGUUACUACACAUGGUUUUAGAGCACAUAGCCAUGGUUCUAAAUUCUAGAUUGUGUUCCAGAUUGUCAUGCUUAGAUGUUUGUCUGUGUUUUGCAGGAGGGCACUUCGAAGUUCGCCAACCUGGAGGGCAAGAUGAACAACAGGAGACAAAUAGGGGUAAGUGCUCUUAUAAGCGAGUUUGAAGUCACUCACAAAGCUCAUUAUCAUUUUGCCUUGAAGGAAGAAGCAUGGAAUAUCCAAAGGAUGAUGUAACAGAAUGCAAUAGUGGUAUUUCUUCAAUAUAGAAUUUGUUGAUGGUUAAGUAGCUCAAUUGGUAGAGCAUGGCGCUUGUAACGCCAGUGUAGUGGGUUCGAUCCCCGGGACCACCCAUACAUUAUUUUAAAAAAUGUAUGCAUGCAUGACUGUAAGUCGCUUUGGAUAAAAGCAUCUGCUAAAUGGCAUAUUAUAAGUAAGAACAACUUGAUAUACAUUCAACGGUCAACCCAAGGUUCUCCAUUAAGCAUGCAUGAGUAGGCUUAAUCUGGGUCUGGGAAGUCAGAAGCCCUAUGCCUCUGUUUUUGGUUAUCAUUAUUCUCGACCCCUCCCACCUCUCACACAGUCCAGUGCCCAGGGCACAGUACCCUACCUGGGGAAUCUUCCUCACAGACCUCACCAUGCUGGACACAGCUGUGAAAGACAGGCUAGAGGUGAGUCCCUUCAUAUACAGUCAUUUAUCCCUCAUCAUGUGUCCAUCAACAGGAAGUUGGUCAUAAGCUCUGGUGGUGAGGUUGUAGUUGGUUGACCAAAAAAGUUGCAUUGACAGUGACAUAAUCUCCUGUUCCUCCAUUUCAGAACGGCUACAUCAACUUUGACAAGAGGAGACGAGUAAGUGUUGCAAUCAGGGCCUUGCACUGCUGCUGUUUAAAUUCCUCAUCACCCAUUGUCCACAUGUUGAGUUAGUCCAGGAUCCAGACCAAUUCAUUAGCCUCUGGCUCAACAUAACAGAGGGUCUUCAUAAAUGGCUUUUCUGUUGUGCCACUCAUUAAGUAUGUGGCAGUGUAUUGAAUUCUGAAUCAGUGCAUCCAUACGCAUAUUCAUGUAUAACUGCUAGCAUUUCAAAUGAUAAUGUGCCAUUAGUACUGGAGAGUAAUUUGAUGUUCAUAAUUAUUCGUUUUUCUCUUCGCAGGAGUUUGAGGUUUUAGCUCAGAUCCGACUACUGCAGUCUUCCUGUAAAAACUGUGUUUUCAUCACUGACGAGGCAUUUCUACAGUGGUACCAAAGUGUACCCUCGUUAAAUGAACAAGAAAGGUAAACCAUGAUUAUCUUUGGUUUCAGUAGUAUUCAUUUUCCAAUAAAAAUAUUCAAGUUUGUACAUACAUGUUAUUUCAAACGAAACACUACAGUUAUGAUGACCGCCAAUCACAUUACAUGAUGUCUGCAGUUACAGACUGUCCAAUGAAAUUGAGGUGCCGUGUGAACCGAGCCCUGGUCGUACCGUGAACCCUACAGUGAUCAUCACACAGUGCCCAAGGUAAUGAGGCCUAUUAUUACACUCAACACUCAACAAGGCGGUAGUAUUCACUUCAGAGACCUUUCAAUAUAUAUAGUGCCUUCAGAAAGUAUUCAGACCCCUUGACUUUUUCCACAUUUUGUUACGUUACAGCCUUAUUCUAAAAUUGAUUAAAUUGUUUUUUUUACCUCAUCAAUCUCCAGACAAUACACCAUAAUGACAAAGCAAAAACAGUUUUUUAGAAUGUUUUGCUAAUUUAUAAAUAAAAACGGAAAUAUCACAUUUACAUAGGUAUUCAGACCGUUUACUCAGUACUUUGUUGAAGCACCUUUGGCAGCGAUUACAGAAUCAAGUCUUCUUCGGUAGGAUGCUACAAGCUUGGCACAUAAGCAUUUGGGGAGUUUCUUCCAUUCUUCUCUGCAGACCCUCUCAAGCUCUGUCAGGUUGGAUGGGGAGCGUUACUGCACAGUUCUUUUCAGGUCUCUCCAGAGAUGUUCGAUCUGGUUCAAGUCCAGGCUCUGGCUGGGCCACUCAAGGACAUUCAGAGACUUGUCCCAAAGCCACUCCUGCGUUGUCUUGGCUAUGUGCUUAGGGUCGUUGUCUGUUGGAAGGUGAACCUUCGCCCCCAGUCUGAGGUGUUGAACGCUCUGGAGCAGGUUUUCAUCAAGGAUCUCUCUGUACUUUGCUGCGUUCAUCUUUCCCUCAAUCCUGACUAGUCUCCCAGUCCCUGCCGCUGAAAAACAUCCCCACAGCAUGAUGCUGCCACCACCAUGCUUCACCGUACGGUUGGUGCCAGGUUUCCUCCAGACGUGACGCUUGGCAUUCAGGCCAAAGAGUUCAAUCUGGGUUUCAUCAAACCAGAGAAUCUUGUUUCUUAUAGUCUGAGAGUCCUUUAGGUGCCUUUUGGCAAACUCCAAGCAGGCUGUCAUGUGCCUUUUACUGAGGAGUGGCUUCCGUCUGGCCACUCUACCAUAAAGGCCUGAUUGGUGGAGUGCUACAGAGAUGGUUGUCCUUCUGGAAGGUUCUCCCAUCUCCACAGAGGAACUCUAGAGCUCUGUCAGAGUGACCAUCGGGUUCUUGGUCACCUCCCUGACCAAGGCCCUUCUCCCCCAAAUGCUCAGUAUGGCCAGGCGGCCAGCUCUAGGAAGUCUUGGAGGUUCCAAACUUCUUCCAUUUAAGAAUGAUGGAGGCCACUGUUUUCUUGGGGACCUUCAAUGCUGCAGACAUUUUUUGGUACCCUUCCCCAGAUCUGUAUCUCGACACAAUCCUGUCUCUACGGACAAUUCCUUCGACCUCAUGGCUUGGUAUUUGCUCUGACAUGCACUGUCAACUGUGGGACCUUAUAUAGACAGGUGUGUGCCUUUCCAAAUCAUGUCCAAUCAAUUGAAUUUACCACAGAUGGACUCUAAUCAAGUUGUAGAAACAGGGGUGUUUUGUGGCUUGUUGUCAUGAAGGUUACGGUGCAUGAUGUGAUUCUCUCACCUCCUUACAGCCUGAAUUCCUCCAGGACCAGCCUUGUUGCUGACAGUGACAGUCUUUUUGACUUCCCCUCCCCCGUCUGUCACUUUCUUUCCAAACUCACCAAGGUAAUUACGAAAUAAGACCUAAUAUUUACAGUUAUUUUAAGUACUUUCCCCAAAAAAGAUAUUUGCAUUGCCAGCUAGAAUUGCAGAGCAUGUAAUUACUAUUCAGUUACAAAUACUCGUAGUUAUUGCUAAGUAAUUACUGUUUACUAGUAAUCAAAUAUGAUUGUUUCAGAACAAAUGCAUGUCUUAAAAACAUACAGAAGAGCACUUUUAAAAAUGGACAUUCUUUGAUCUUUUAAUACUCUUCUGUGUCUUUUUAUUUGCUUUGGCCUUCACGGAACAGCCACUUUUUAUCUUGUCAUUUCAGUAAGUAUAAUGUUUUUUAUUCUUUUCAUCACUGUUAUUAUUUCAGCAUAUGAAAUCCCCCUCAGUUUCCUGUCUGGAUGUUGACUCCUCCCCUCCCACCAAUGUCCCCAUCCCCUCUGCAUUGACACCAUCCACUCCCGUCAAAUCACAUCGUCGAUCAAUCUCCUGUGGCAACAAUCCCACCAAUAACAACAAAGGUUCUGGGCCUGAUAUGCGGAUCGUCAGGAUACGGAUGGAUUUACAAGAUGGGAAUAUGUACAGAAGCAUACUGGUACUGAGCCGAGAUAAUGAGUUGAGAUUUGAUUUGAGAUAUUUGCUUUUUUUUCGUUUUCAAAUUAUACACUGCACUGCACCCCGCACUGAUGACUAUUUAUUUGAAUCCUCAAAUAUCCGUAAAUGAUAGUAAUCCAAAAACAUUUCCUCAGGUUGUACACAGGAUAUUAUAACUUGGAGUCUAGCUGUCUGGUAUCGUUGUCGUUCUUCUCUGUUUCCUUAGGUGACAAGCAAUGACAAGACGCCCAUUGUGAUCAGUUCUGCCUUAGAAAAACACAGUCAGGACCCCAAACAGGCAUCCAGAUAUGAGCUGAUCCAACUAUUGCCCGAGGGGAAAGGUAAAGACAUUUCUCAACCCCGACCAUGGGAAGUCACUUUAACAGUUCUCUUUUCAUAUUGAUUGUAGUGAUGACUUUUCUUGUUCUGCCCUGUAGAGUUGGUCAUCCCUGCCACAGGAAACGUUUUCUAUGCCAUGACUUCCUCUAGUGUGGACUUCCUGCUGCGCAGAAAAGGAGGCAACACCCCUUUUGGCUCUCAACCAAUCAGCACAGAAACCAGUGCCACCUUCCCUCGAAUCAAAGCCAAGGGACGGAGACUGGUCAGAACUCUUUUUUGACAACAGCUCUUUCCCAAAUAGGCUAUAUUCGAGACAUAUUGUAGCUAGUUGUUCUCAAGGACAGGUCACGAUAAAAAUACAGGCAGAUAUCGCAAUGAGAUGUGGCCUUGUCUUUCCUAACCUUUUAUGAAAGUGGAAACACACAUUCUGACCGAGCUUGUUCUAGCAAAAUGUAUCCUGAAACCUGUCCGAACUUGUUUGAUGAACGACUUCUUACCUGGGACACUUCAAUAAAUAUGCUGCCCAUUUGUGUACACUAGGGAACUCCAUUAGUGUAGAAGGGUGCAUGUCUCUCUUGUUGGCAAUGCAUACUACUGCCAACAUACACCUAGAACAAGACCAAUGCAAACCUUUAACAGAUGGUGAAUGGUGCUGUUUCUUAAGUCUCUCUGACCAUUGGCAUCUAAUUUCCCAUUUAACCAAAUGGAAUAGCCUUGUGACCAAGAGCAACUGAGGAAUCCAAAUCAUCUUGAGCAUUUGAGGAAUGUACCUCAGGUGCCAUCAUAGAUGAGUUGAUAGUAGAGAACUUCAUUAAAUCAAAGUAGUUUGGGCGAUAUGACCUCCUGAAUUGACCAUGACCACAACAAAGUUUUACAUUUCUCCAUAGAGAAUGGAUACAAGCAGCAUGAUGACAUAUUAUGCAAGGCGUUUCAAGAAUAUGAAUUAUGGGGAGAGCACUGGGCUGACAUUAUGACAUAAUGCAUCUGAAUAAGAGUGACAGAGUCACUGAAACCUCUCAUUAUAGCAAAGCACAGGGGCUCAUCAAAAUGUUUUAACUAUGUACUUUAUAUGUAUGUAUGUAUAUGUUUUUUUAUGUAUGGACGAUGUCAUGAUUGUGUUUACAUUCACAAGGAGCUAUCAACAAGUGUCAGAAUUACAUGUUAUUCAUUGUGAAGUAACAUGAAAUGUAUGAAAUUGACCCAAAUUGCAACAAUUUCAAAUGGGUCAAGACGUGUCAAAGAUAAACAUGAUAAUUUAACUUGGGUUGGUGCAUACAUAUUGACUGAUAGUUCUGGUAGUAUCUUAUGUAAGAUACAACAACUUUACAUAUACAGCCUUGCCACUCCCAUAUACAGUGAGUGAAA